AAAACAAGCAUGCCGCCAAAGGUCGACACUUCGGAUCCCGAAGUGGCUCGGCUGCUGGCCCAGUUUGAGUCCAUCUCAUUCACGGGGCAAAAGGCGAAUGAGACGCUUCGCAAUGCCAAGACUGCCAACAACCUCUCGGCCCUCAUAGAAAGGUGCGGCCUGGCUUCCAAGAGCCUCGACGCCAAGCAGGGGUCGCUCGUCGCUGCUGUCGCCGCCAGCGCGCCGAACGACCUGAGUCUUGAGAAGCGUGCCUAUGUCGUUGAGCGGAUAGUAGACGGGAGCCUGCACUCUGCCGACCGCGUUACGAUCGCUUGCAAGUUCGUUGCUGGUCAUGACAACAUCGACAAGACCCAAUUCGAUGAGGCGUGUGGUGUGGGGGCUGUGGUGACGCCAGAGCAAGCUCGGGCGGUGGUCGACGAACACCUGGAAAAAGAUGCAUCAAUAGAGGGCUGGACCUCCCUUGCGACGCUUAUGGGCAAAGCCAAGGCCGAUCCAAGAUUACGGUGGGCCAGCUCGCUCGACGUAAAAAACGCCGUCGAACAAGGGCUCGAGGCCAAGUUCGGCCCCAAGAGCAAAGCCGCUGCCCCCGCAGCAAAGGCCAAGGAAGCCAAGGCCAAGGAGGCAAAAGCAAAGGAGGCGAAGCCGGAAGCGGCACCAGCAGAGGCGGAUCCAGACGCUAUGUUCAAGGGCAGCUUCCUCUCGCGGCUUCACAAACCUGGCGAGAACCCUCAAAGCAAGCCGGAGCUCAAGGCGGCGCAUCUUUCUGCAACAGGAGGAAGAGUAGUGACUCGGUUCCCCCCAGAGCCCAAUGGCUUCCUUCACAUCGGCCACUCCAAAGCCAUCGCCGUCGACUUCGGUUACGCGCGCUACCAUGGCGGCGUGUGCUACCUCCGCUACGACGACACAAAUCCAUCGGCAGAAGAGGCUCAGUACUUUGAGAGCAUCCUCGAGAUGGUGCGAUGGCUGGGCUUUGAGCCGUUCAAGAUCACAUAUUCGAGCGACUACUUCCAGCAGCUCUACGAGCUGGCUGUCGAGCUGAUCAAGCGCGGAAAGGCUUACGUCGACCACUCGACAGCCGAAGAGAUCUUUGAGGGGCGAGGAGGAAAGGAGCGCGGCCCGCGAAAGGGAAACAAGUAUCGCGAUAGGCCGAUUGAGGAGUCUCUGAAGGAUUUCGAGGAUAUGAAGGCCGGCAAAUACCCCCCGGGCAAGGUGACGCUGAGGAUGAAGCAGGAUCUCGAGGGCAGCGGCAACCCGCAGAUGUGGGACCUCAUUGCAUACCGAGUUCUCGACGCGCCACAUCACCGAACUGGCAAGCAGUGGUGCAUCUACCCAACCUAUGACUUUACCCACUGCCUGGUCGAUUCCUUUGAGAACAUCUCGCACUCGCUCUGCACGACCGAGUUCAUUCUCAGCCGAGAGUCGUACGAAUGGCUCUGCGAUGCUCUCGAAGUAUACAAGCCCAGGCAGUACGAAUUUGGACGCUUGAACCUCGAAGGGACUAUCACUUCGAAGCGGAAAAUCCUCAAGCUUGUCAGCGAAGGCCAUGUCAAGGACUGGGAUGACCCGCGGCUCUUUACCCUCCUCGCUCAGCGGAGACGAGGCGUGCCGCCGGGUGCUAUCUUGUCCUUUGUCAACCAGCUGGGCGUCACCAACGCCAUCUCGACGAUUCAGAGCCAGAAGCUGGACCAGGUCGUCCGGCAGUAUCUCGAGACGUCGACGCCGCGCCUGAUGAUGCUCCUCAAGCCAAUCAAGGUUGUCCUCGAUAACGUCGCUGACGACUUUUGUUUGGAGCUCGAGCGACCGCUUCACCCCAAGAUUCCCUCAAUGGGCAACACGAAGAUGCCCUUUGCCAAGACGCUGUUCAUCGACUCGUCCGACUUCAGGGCAGUCGAUUCGCCAGACUACUUCAGACUGGCUCCUGGCAAGACUGUCGGCCUUCUCAACGCUCCAUAUCCGAUCACCUGUACGUCUUUCGAGCAGGGCGCCAAUGGCGAGCCUUCGAUUGUCCACGCUCGGUACGAGGACCCGUCAAUGCAGGGCGAUGCCGCUCGCAAGACCAAGACGUAUAUCCAGUGGGUUGCUCAACAUGAAGCGAGCCACUCACCUGUUCCGGUCAAGGAGGCUCGCAUCUUCCAUCCACUCUUCACGUCGGAGAACCCUGCAGCAGAGACCAACUAUUUGGACCACAUCGAUCCUAAUUCGCUCGAGGUGUGCCCAAACGCAAUGGUCGAGGUCGGAUUUUGGGAGGUGGCAAAGCGGGCUGUGGAACAGGCCAGAAAGGAGGCAGAGGAGCGGACAAAGAAGGCGAAGGCCGAGGCAGAGAAGGUUGCUACCGAGGUCAAGGCUGGUGGCUCGGGCGGAGAGGGAGCACCAGAGAGAAAGGCAGAGCAGCUCGUCGGCAAAGAGGUCGUGAGGUUUCAAGGGAUGCGCAUCGCCUACUUUGCGCUUGAUAGAGAAUCUGUUUUGUCCUGCCUGGAGGAGAAGCACGAGGGGGCGUGGGGCAUCAAAGAGGGCGAGCAGAUUAUCCUGAACAGGAUUGUCAGUCUCAAGGAGGAUUCGGGAAAAGAGGCAGUGGCCGCCAAGAAGGAAAGCAGCAAGAAGAAGAAGUAAGGUGGCCGAGGGCUAGCAAUAAGAAUAUUUG